AUGUACUCAACAUUAAUUGGAACUAACCCAACUGGGCACACAGUGUGCAAAGAAGUAAAGAGCGCGAAAAUCAACCAUUGGGGGAGAAAAGAGGGGAGGGAGAAGCGCAAAAAUCUACCCAAUGAGAGAUACCGGGGCCGCAUCUCAGCAGGCAGCAGAAGCACUUCCGUGCCCCCGUAUUUUGCCAGCGCCUGUUCAUCUGUCCCGCUGCACGGGCAACAGGCCCCGGGUCACACGCGAUCCGGGGACGAGGCUGUUGCAUGCCCAAGCCUCAAAACCAGGCUGAGCGAGCUGGUCCACCUGACCUGCUGCCGGAUCUGCGUGCGAGCCCUGUCUGGGACCAUCCGUUACCAUAACAAGCAGUACAGACCCCAGAAGGGAGGCAUUUGCAUCGCCAACCACACCUCCCCAAUAGACGUGUUAAUCUUGACAACAGACGGAUGCUACGCAAUGGUUGGCCAGGUUCACGGUGGGUUGAUGGGAAUUAUUCAGAGAGCUAUGGUCAAGGCUUGUCCACAUGUCUGGUUUGAACGCUCAGAAAUGAAGGAUCGACACCUGGUUACUAAGAGACUAAAAGAACACUAUCGCGGAUAAGAGAAAUUGCCCAUAUUAAUCUUUCCCGAAG